ACGUGCGCCAAUCACAACAAGCUUUUGAAUCUCUCUUUAUAUUCUCUACUGAUCGAUUACUGGAAGAGGAAGAGGAGGAGGAGGAGUUGUUGUUACCGGUUUAAUCAUCGUAAGCAUCAGCAGCGAUGGCUGUUUCGACUGCAUUCGCGGGUGUCAAACUUGAAUCUAUUCUUUCCAGCAAUUCUUCUACUGUUGCUGUUGCUUUUGCUGUUGCAUCCUCGUCUCCGUCGCGACCAUCGCCAUCUAUUUCUUCCCAAAUUCGCUUGUUUUCCAAACCUCUCGUCCGCCGCGGUCGUCUGCCGAUCCGAUGCGAGGCUGCUUCCGAUGAUGAUUCUGUAUCACUCCCUUCUUCAACGAGUCUAUCUGCUCUCGAGCAGCUCAAGACCUCUGCAGUUGACAGAUAUACUAAAGAAAGAAGCAGUAUUGUUGUCAUUGGUCUUAGUAUUCAUACAACACCAGUUGAGAUGCGGGAAAAGCUUGCUAUUCCAGAAGCAGAAUGGCCUCGAGCUAUUGCCGAGCUUUGCAAUUUGAAUCACAUAGAGGAAGCUGCUGUACUUAGUACCUGCAACAGGAUGGAAAUUUAUGUUGUUGCCUUGUCUCAACAUCGUGGAGUGAAAGAAGUCACUGAUUGGAUGUCAAAGACAAGCGGCAUUCCUGUUUCAGAACUUUGUCAGCAUCGGUUCUUGCUAUACAACAAUGACGCAACACAUCACAUAUUCGAAGUAUCGGCAGGGCUAGAUUCACUCGUCCUGGGCGAAGGUCAAAUCCUAGCUCAGGUCAAACAAGUAGUUAAAGUCGGACAAGGAGUUGUGGGCUUCGGAAGGAAUAUCAGUGGGCUAUUCAAGCACGCGAUCACAGUUGGAAAACGGGUCAGAACCGAGACAAACAUUGCAUCGGGUGCAGUCUCGGUUAGCUCUGCUGCAGUCGAGUUAGCUUUAAUGAAGCUCCCACAGUCCUGCCAUUCAAGUGUCAGGAUGCUGGUUGUGGGUGCAGGAAAGAUGGGAAAGCUGGUCAUUAAACACUUGAUUGCAAAAGGAUGCAAUAAAAUGGUGGUUGUCAACAGGUCAGAAGAGCGAGUCGCAGCCAUCAGAGACGAGAUGACAAAAGACGUCGAGAUAAUCUACAAACCCCUAACCGAAAUGUUAUCGUGUGCUCGAGAAGCAGACGUAAUAUUCACAAGCACUGCUUCGGAAACAGUCUUGUUUUUGAAAGAGCAUGUUGAGGAUUUUCCUCCAGUUUGUGAAGAAGUGGGGGGUCUUAGGCUAUUCGUAGAUAUAUCGGUCCCGAGAAACGUGGGAUCGUGCGUGGGUGAAGUGGAUAACUGCCGCGUUUAUAAUGUGGACGACCUUAAAGAGGUUGUGGCGGCUAAUAAAGAGGAUAGGUUGAGGAAAGCGAUGGAAGCUCAGGUGAUAAUUACUGAAGAAUUAAAGCAAUUUGAAGCUUGGAGGGAUUCGUUGGAGACAGUACCAACAAUUAAGAAAUUGAGAGCUUAUGCAGAGAGAAUUAGGGUUGGGGAGUUGGAGAAAUGCUUGUCGAAAAUUGGGGAGGAUAUACCGAAGAAGAGUAAGAAGGCUGUGGAUGAUCUUAGUAGAGGGAUUGUGAACAAGUUGCUUCAUGGUCCAAUGCAACAUCUGAGAUGCGAUGGGAGUGACAACAUAACUCUUAGCGAGACAUUGGAUAAUAUGCACGCAUUGAACAGAAUGUUCAAUCUUGAGACUGAGAUAUCUGUUUUGGAACAAAAGAUUCGAGCCAAACUGGAGCAAAACUCAUAAAACAAAGCCAAAUCCUUGCACCGGUAAUUAAUUUACCUCCUCAUUUACAUUAAAUAUGAAUAAGAAGAGGUAGAUGUAUAGGUAGAGGACAAUUCUUGUAACUUAAUUGAGAGUUUGAGACAAACAGAUUACAAAAUUGUAUUGUUUUGUUUGUUUGUUUUUAUU